GUAAAGGUGCUUGUCUGGGAGAGACAGCAGGCUCCAGGCACAACCACCAAGAUGCUCCCAGGCAUCCUGGCUGCCUUCCUCUGCUUGAGCUGGACUCAGUGCUGGUCCCUGCCCCUUCCCAGCGAUGGUGAUGAUGAUCUGUCUGAGGAAGACUUCCAGCUUGCAGAGCGCUACCUGAAAUCCUACUACUAUCCCCUGAAUCCUGCUGGAAUCCUGAAGAAGUCUGCAGCAGGCUCAGUGGCUGACAGGCUUCGAGAAAUGCAGUCCUUCUUCGGCUUAGAGGUCACUGGCAAACUUGAUGAUAAUACCUUGGACAUCAUGAAGAAACCAAGAUGUGGGGUCCCUGAUGUGGGCGAGUACAAUGUUUUCCCCCGAACUCUCAAGUGGUCCAAAACGAACCUAACCUACAGGAUUGUGAACUAUACCCCUGAUCUGACUCAUUCUGAAGUUGAAAAGGCAUUCAAAAAAGCUUUCAAAGUUUGGUCAGAUGUGACACCUCUGAAUUUUACCAGACUUCAUGACGGCACUGCAGAUAUCAUGAUCUCUUUUGGAACUAAAGAGCAUGGGGACUUCUAUCCAUUUGAUGGACCUUCUGGUCUUCUGGCUCAUGCUUUUCCUCCUGGGCCAAAUUAUGGAGGAGAUGCCCAUUUUGAUGAUGAUGAAACUUGGACAAGUAGUUCCAAAGGCUACAACUUGUUCCUUGUCGCUGCCCAUGAGUUCGGCCACUCCUUAGGUCUUGACCACUCCAAGGACCCGGGAGCACUCAUGUUUCCCAUCUACACCUACACGGGCAAAAGCCACUUUAUGCUUCCCGAUGAUGAUGUGCAAGGGAUCCAGUCUCUCUAUGGCCCAGGAGAUGAAGACCCCAACCCCAGACAUCCCAAAACACCAGACAAAUGUGAUCCCUCCUUAUCCCUUGAUGCCAUCACCAGCCUCCGAGGAGAAACAAUGAUCUUUAAAGACAGAUUCUUCUGGCGAUUGCAUCCUCAGCAGGUGGAUGCGGAGCUGUUUUUAACAAAAUCCUUUUGGCCGGAACUUCCCAACCGUAUCGAUGCUGCAUAUGAGCACCCCUCCCGCGACCUUAUCUUCAUCUUCAGAGGCAGAAAAUAUUGGGCUCUUAAUGGUUAUGACAUUCUGGAAGGUUAUCCCCAAAAAAUAUCUGAACUGGGAUUUCCAAAAGAGGUUAAGAAGAUAAGUGCAGCUGUUCACUUUGAGGACACGGGGAAGACGCUCUUCUUCUCGGGAAACCAGGUCUGGAGCUAUGAUGAUACUAACCAGAUCAUGGAUAAAGACUACCCCAGGCUGAUAGAAGAGGACUUCCCAGGGAUUGGUGAUAAAGUGGAUGCCGUCUAUGAGAAAAACGGUUAUAUCUAUUUUUUCAAUGGGCCCAUCCAGUUUGAGUAUAACAUCUGGAGUAAGCGGAUUGUCCGUGUCAUGCCAGCAAACUCCCUGUUGUGGUGUUAAGUGUCUUCUAAAUACUGUUAUUUAAACCCUGGAGAGCACGGCGAUGAUACUUCCAGUGAUACCAGGUGUUGGGGGCGGGGACAUUGGGGCAAAGCUUAGUUCUGUGAACAAGCUUCAGUAACUUAUCUUUGAAUAGGCGGUGUCCGUACAGCUGUAUGUGGCUGGAACCACAGGAAGUUAUAAAGUUCUGGAAUUCAGUAUCUCUAAGGAUCACCUAACUCUUGCGUGACACACAGGAGCAGCAGUUGACAGUGUUUCCCAUAACACAAACAGGACAUCUGGUGUGUCAAAGAGAGUUAGCAUAAUGUUUAAAUAUAUUUAUAAGGAGUCUUUUAAAAGGCAUAGAACUAAGUCACAGUUAUGUAAUUAAUGAAUCAUCUUUAUUAAAAAGUAUAAAAUAGUAUGAAAAUGGAAUUUACGGGAAGCACAUGGUACCAUGAACAGGCAAAAGCCAAAGGGAAAUAUCUGUACUAAAGGUAUUGUGGUUUUGCACUGAGGCUACUUGAAUGUCCACACCCCACUUCCUACAGACACUGGAUCUAAGUCACUCCACAUGAGAGACAGAGCCCAGUGCCGAGGACAGCAGAUGUGACCCGUGGGUUCAUUUUAGUUCUCACUGUUGACAAUUCCAGCGCUGCUCACAAAGAAGAAUUUUUUUCACAUGCUCUAGAAGAUGCAGAGAUCCUGUCUCUUUUUGUAUUCAAACAUUGCAGGUCUUCCAAAAAUAUCAAAGAAUUAAAAUAUCUAUGACAACAA